AUGACAGUCGCCUAUUCUCUAGACGUUGCCACAUCGGGCCUGUUCACUCAGAUCAAAGUACUGCUGAGAUGGAAGGGAUCGGUGUGGAAGUCGAUAUGGUCAGAGUUGCUCAUCUGGCUCUUGUUGUAUUCAGUUUUGUCCGUUAUUUAUCGAGUGUUGCUGAAUAAGGCGCAGAGAGAAGUGUUCGAGCAGCUGUGCACAUUCUUCGACACUUUCUCUGUGUUCAUUCCGGUCACCUUCAUGCUUGGCUUCUACGUCUCAAUUGUAUAUAACAGGUGGACUAAAGUGUUCGAUAAUGUCGGCUGGAUUGAUACCUCGGCCCUCACAAUCGCCCAAUACAUCCGCGGAACGUCCGAACGUUCGCGUCUAAUCCGCCGCAACUGCAUCCGCUACAUGAUAGUCGCCCAGGCGAUGGUCUUCCGUGACGUCUCCCCGGCAAUCCGUCGCCGUUUUCCCACUAUGAGACAUCUGAUUACAGCGGGUCUGCUGACUGAGGAUGAGCUGGUUGAAUUCGAUGCGAUAGUCAGUCCGCAGAGUAAAUAUUGGCAGCCGAUUCAGUGGUUGUUCUCUCUGGUUACGAUAGCGAAGGAUGAGGGGUUGAUAGCGGAUUAUUAUUUGUAUGUGGACUUGAUGGAUAAACUCCGUGACUUCCGUACUAAGAUCCUAAACCUCGUCAUUUUCGACAUGGUCCCAAUCCCCCUCGUCUACACACAAGUCGUCAAUCUCGCCGUCCGUACCUACUUCCUCCUCGCACUAUUCGGUCGCCAAUUCCUUGAAAAUAGUGCAAAUAUUCCCGGUGCCAAGUGGAAAAUUGACAUCUACUUCCCGAUUAUGACCUCCCUUCAAAUAGUUUUCAUAAUUGGGUGGUUGAAGGUGUCGGAGGUGAUGUUGAACCCACUUGGAGAGGAUGAUGAAGAUUUUGAGACCAAUUGGAUUAUCGAGAGAAAUUUACAGGUUGGAUACGCAGUGGUAGAUCAAGCAUACGGUAGAUUUCCAAUAAUCAAACGUGACCCAUUCUGGGAGGACGAGACCCCGCAGACAUUGGACACGCCGACGUCGACACGCAAACCGCAUACCCAUAUGCAGGGUAGUUGCAUUAAUAUGAACGAAGCAGAUCUCGACAACGGUCUAAUUUCAUUCGUCCGCCGCCGCUCUCGAUCUAUCGGUGAUGAUGACUCGUCGUCUAUUUACACUGAAAAUACAGAUAAACGAGCCAGUACUGCUUCGAUGCUCCCAAGACAUAUGUGGGCUCAACCGAGAUCCAAGAUCUCAAAUGCUAUCGCCAAGUUUUACAAAUCUGACCCCGAGCCAAGGAGAGCUAGUGUUUGCGUCGCCGCUCUCGACCUCAACCACCGUCGCCCGUCCACCGACCUUCGUGAAAUUGAAAAACCGGAAAACGUGGAUGACGUCAUAAUCGAUGUGCCCGCUUUGGUUCAAGAGAGAAUUCGAAUUGCCAAACAACAAGCGGCCGCCGUCAAAAUUGAGAUACCGGAAGCCUCCAUCUCAGGAACAUCAGAGGCUACGUCCCCAUCUGGAAAUGUGAAAUGGUUCGUUGAAGAGAUGCCAGUAAUUGAGGAGGAAGAUGAGAAGACGCAUCGGAAGACACCCAGGAAUCUCAGUGCUAGCUCAUUCGGCAGUCGUAAUCCAGGCGGAGGUGGUUCUGGUUCCACAUAA